AAAGCGAUCUCCUUGUAGCAAUCAUAUUGAUCAUGACAACAGUGGUAUCUUUACUACUUCUCACGUCACAUGCAUGUAAUGUUAAUGUGACCCGUGUCUGCUUCGAAAGAUGUAGUUCUUUCUCACUCUUUUUGAUUACCGUAGCUGGGCAGGAUAGGAAGACCAUCCGUUUACUUGAUUUGUAUUUCAUGAACGUCUUUGAAAAUGCAGAUGGAUAUUAGCUUCUUCAGGACUCUUUUCUUGAGUAUUGGUAUUUCAAUAACAUUUAGUUUGGAAGAAUCUCAUUUUAAAAAGACAACCAGUGGAGUUCCAGCCGUUUUAGGUAACUACCAACAUCUCCAGGUCCAGAAAGUGUUUGGACUAACGACAUGUGCCAGUCUGUGUUUGCGCACGUCAUGCCACGAGUUCCAGUAUUCUGACACAAGCCGCACGUGCAUUACACGACACUCAGAGCCAAUAUCUGAGAGUGUCCUUAACCCAGGCAGCGGAUUGUUUGACAUCUUCAACGACAACGAGCAAGAGCCUAAGACAUGUUUAGAGAUCAGGAAAAACAACCCAGAAGCUCAGAGUGGAGAGUACAAGAUCAUUCCCUCGGCUCCUCAGUUUAAGGGUGUGUCAGUGAAGGUCUACUGCUUGAUGAAUGACACUCACCAGCUGGAGUAUAUAACACUGCCCAAUAGGAACAUUGGAAACUUUCCCAAAAGGUCGAACAGUGGUUGUAGAAAUGAACAGCCUUAUUUAGAAGCUGGUGGUGUUGGUAAAGACGGAGUAACAGAGUAUCAGAGGAUCAGAGUGAAGCCAUCGACUAUGACUGUUGUGAGAACUGACACCACCUUCACAAACGGGAACAAGACGAAGCCACAUAAGUUUGGUACAGCAGAAGAUUGUUAUUCAUAUUCUGGAAGCUGCAAACGAAUAGGAACCUUUCAGAUCAACACACUGGGCACAGGGAUGAAGUUCUCCACCAAUCUUAAGUGGACUGGAAAAGAAAACACAGGCAAAGUGCACAGUAUAACCCGGACACAGAAUGGCGCCGUCAUUGAUCUGGUGUGUGGAGGCUGGUGUGGGCGAUGUGAUCCUGAUGGAGAUAUGAUCCUCUACCCAAACAAUCUGGAUAUUCAGCCAUAG